AUGUACAUAACAGAAAUAACCGAAGAAAAAGGAAUUAUUUCGAUAUCAGAAACAAAAUUAUUAAUCGUUUUAAUAUGUUUAGUGGUAUUUGUUCGAGGAUUUAGUCUUUACAUACAAAAAAAUUUACUUAAAGUUCAACAACCAAUAAAAAAAAAUGUGACAAUUGUUGUAAUGGGAGAUAUAGGAAGAUCACCUCGAAUGCAAUAUCAUGCUUUGAGUUUCGCACAGAAUGGAUGGAAAGUUGAUUUUAUUGGAUAUGAUGGAUCCAAACCACUUGAAUCCAUUUCAUCUAAUCCGAAUAUAAAAAUCCAUUAUAUAACUCAUCCAUGGAGAAUUUCGGAUAGAUCUUCUAAAUUAUUAUUCAUUUUAUAUGCUCCGAUCAAAAUAUAUAUUCAAAUAAUAAAAUUAUAUUGGUAUUUAAUUAUGAGAAUAAAUAGUCCAGAUUUCAUUCUUGUUCAGAAUCCACCAUCAAUACCAAUAUUAAUGAUUGUACAAUUUAUUUGUUGGUUACGACAAACAAAUUUAAUAAUUGAUUGGCAUAAUUUUGGAUAUACUAUUCUUGGACUUCGAUUAGGACAAGAUAAUUUUAUGGUUAAAUUUGCAAAAUGGUAUGAAAAAUUAUAUGGAGGACGAGCGCAUGCACAUUUAACAGUCACUGCAGCCAUGCAUCGAGAAUUGAUGUAUAAUUGGGAAUUUUUAACACGAGUAAAUUUAGAGAAAUUAGUAACGGAACAAACACUUGAUUCCAAUUUCCUUCCAUCACCAACAACAUCAACAACAAAUUCUUCUUCAACAUUAUUAACCACAAAAUCAUCAUCAACUUCAUCAGCCAAAUAUCGAACAAAUCGACCAAUAUUAAUAGUUAGUAGUACUAGUUGGACAGCUGAUGAAGAUUUUUCAAUAUUAUUAAAAGCUAUUAAAAUAUAUGAUCAAUAUGUUGAAAAUAAUAAUAAAUCAUUUCCUAAAUUACUUUUCGUUAUCACGGGUAAUGGUCCUUUAAAAGAUAAAUAUAUAAAAGAUAUUAGUUCAGCAGAUUUAGGAAUUUGUCUUCAUACAUCAUCUUCAGGAAUGGAUUUACCAAUGAAAGUAGUUGAUAUGUUUGGAUGUGGUUUACCCGUUCUUGCUAUUGGAUUUAAUUGUCUCGAUGAAUUAAUAAAACAUAAUAAAAAUGGAUUAAUAUUUAAAAAUGAAGAACAAUUAACGAUGGGAUACAAAUUGGAAUAA